AUGGCCGCCGUCAUCGCCGCCAUCCUCACCGCCUUCCUCGCGUCGCAACUUCUGGUAUGCCCUUCUUCUUCCAGCCGCUGGUGUGAAAAAGCUUACUUCACUAUGUCGGGAAACGCAUCAAAUUCAGGAGAAGUUAAUCCAAGUGUAUCUUCAUCAGUUAGUAGAAGUAGAAGUAAAAAUGCUCCAGGAAACCGAUCUGAUAUUGGAUGGAAAUAUGGAUUUGAUGUUAAUGGUAAUGGAAGAAAAGUGAAAUGCAACUAUUGCUCAAAGAUUGUAAGUGGAGGCAUAUUUAGAUUUAAGCAUCAUCUUGUUGGAACUAGAGAAGAUUCUGAGCCUUGUGCUUAUGUUCCGGAUGAAAUAAAAAAUUUGAUGAUAAAAGUAGUUGCAGAAGCUAAGAAUGCUUCAUUAAAGAAAAGAAAGAUAAAUAUCGGUGAAGACGAGGAAGAAAGUGAAAAUUUUGAAGGAGGACACAAGGUAUUCGGUUUUAAAGGAAAAGAAAAAGUUGCUACUACUAGUAAGGGGGGAGUUCAAGCAACUAUAAAUCAAAUGAUGAAAAAAGGAUACAAAGAAGAAGUUGAUGCUCAAGUUGCUGAAUUCUUUUACACCAAUGUCAUUCCUUUCAAUGUAAUUAGAAAUCCAGCAUUUGCAAAGAUGUGUGAAAUGAUUGGUAAGUAUGGAGUUGGAUACAAACCACCAUCUUAUCAUGAUAUUAGAGAUAAGCUCUUGAAACAAGCUGUGAAGAAAACAAAUGCAAAUCUUGAGGAAUAUAAGGAGGAGUGGAAGAAAAUUGGAUGUACAAUUAUGUCUGAUGGUUGGACGGAUAGAAAAAGACGUUCUAUUUGCAACUUCUUGGUGAAUAGUCCUAGAGGGACGGUUUUUCUUUAUUCACUUGACACUUCAGACAUUUCAAAAACAGCUGAUAAAGUUUUCAAAAUGUUGGAUGAUGUUGUCGAGUUUGUUGGAGAAGAAAAUGUUGUUCAAGUUGUCACUGAUAAUGCUGCAAAUUUCAAGGCAGCCGGAGAGUUGUUGAUGCAAAAGAGGGAAAAAUUGUAUUGGACUCCAUGUGCAGCACAUUGCAUUGAUUUGAUAUUCGAAGAUUUUGAAAAAAAUUUGAAGGUCCAUGAAUUGACCAUUAAGAAGGGAAGAAAAAUUACAACUUACAUUUAUGGGAGAUCAAUGUUGAUUUCCUUAUUGAAAAAGUUUACUAAAGGUAGAGACCUUAUAAGACCGGGUGUGACUAGAUUUGCCACGGCUUAUUUAACUCUUGCUUGUCUUCAUGAAUUGAAGGCAUCGUUGUUGACCAUGUUCAGCUAUGAGGAAUGGAAGACAAGCAAGUUUGGAACUUCACAAGAGGGGAGAAAAGUAGCACAUGUAGUAUUAGAUAGCCGAUUUUGGAAGAAUGUCUCCAUAUGCUUGAAAGUUGCUGCCCCUCUCAUGGUUGUCUUAAGAUUAGUGGACUCAGAUGUAAAACCUGUAAUGGGUUUCAUUUAUGAAGAGAUGGACUGUGCAAAAGAGAAGAUUAGGUCUAACUUUAACAAUAUCAAAAAGAGUUAUGAAGAGGUUUGGAGAAUAAUUGAUGCUCAAUUGGAUAAUCAACUUCAUAGGCCUUUGCAUGCAGCUGCCUAUUUUCUAAACCCUCAUUUCCACUAUGAACCUAACUUUAGAUCUGAUGAUGGUGGAGAGGUGAAAGAAGGAUUGUAUUUUUGCAUGAGAAGACUGAUACCAGAUAUGGCAGAAAGAAGAAAAAUUAAUUUACAAAUUGUUGAAUUUCAUAAUGCUAGAGGCCUGUUUGGAAUGGAAGAUGCAAAAGAGUGUAGGAAAGAGUUAAAUCCUGGGGAAUGGUGGGACAUCUUGACUUGUAGUUCUUCUGGAUGUGAGCGUAAUUGGAGUUCAUUUGAAAUGGUUCAUACAAAGAGAAGGAAUCGUUUACAUCAAAAAAAGAUGAAUGAUUUAGUUUAUGUGAUGUAUAACUCCAAGCUGAAAAGUAGACAAAUUCGAAAAACUAUAGCUCUUCCAUUUGAUGACAUAGAAUCAGAUGAUGAAUGGAUAGCUGAAAAGACAGAUGAUGUUGUUGAGAUUGAUCAAGUUGAAGGUGAAAAUGAUAGUGAAAAUGUUCACUUAGAUGGAGCAACAACAGAUCCUAUUUUAGAUGCUCUUGAUCUUGAUAACAUAACAUUUGAGAACAAUGAGGAUGCACAAGCACAACAUUCAUUAGAGGAAGAGUUAGAUGAUGAUGAUGAUGGAGAUGGAGAUGAUGAUGCCAUUAUUAGAGGAUUAGAGGAUUAG